CCCGAGAAUUUUGGCACCGUCGUCGAGGGAUCCAUCUACCGCAGCAAUUAUCCACAGGAGGACAACUUCCCCUAUCUGCAGUCUCUGGGCCUGAGAUCCAUCCUCACGCUGGUGACAACGGAGAGUCCUGCAUACGAUCAAUUCAUAGCAGAGAAUGGCAUCCAGCAAUUCCGAGUCCAUCUUCCCGCCAACAAGGACAAGAUCAAGGUGACCGACGAGGAUAUGGCCCGCGCCCUCGAGUUCGUCCUCGACCGCGAGAACCACCCUAUCUUAAUCCACUGCAACAAGGGCAAACACCGCACUGGCUGCGUUGUGGGCUGUUUCCGACGCGUCGUGGGAGCGACAACCAAGGAAGACAUCUUCCGGGAAUACCACAAGUACGCCGGUCGGAAGGCCCGGAUCUGGGACGAAGCCUUCAUUGAGAAGUACGACACGGCCUACUCCUUCUUCGCCGCCGUCGCCAACAAAUGGAUCGCUCCCCCGCGGCCCCCUUCGCCC